AUGCCCAAGAAGGUUAGGGAGUCGGACUCAAAAGUGGAGUAUCUAAGGCGGAUUUACACAGAUCCGUCUCAUCCGGCAAGCUUCAGCGGACCCGGAAGACUAAAGAGGGAGGUAGAGCGUGAGGGGAAGUACGAUUUAAGCAAGUCCGAGAUUCGAUCCUUUCUAGAAUCACAAGACACUUACAGUUUAAACAGGCUUGUUCAAAGGCGUCACAAGAGAAACAGAAUAGUAGUCAGUGGGGUGAAACAACAAUACGACAUGGACCUCUGCGACAUGUCAAAGCUUAGUCGUUACCGUGGCAACAAGGGGACAAAAUUCCUGCUCACUGUGAUAGAUGUGUUCAGCAGACGGGCGUUUGUGAAACCUCUGGGUAACAAAGGAGCCACAACUGUAGCCAAAGCGUUAGGCGAAAUUCUAACAGACGACAAUUUGCCGGUGCGGGUAAGGUCUGACAGGGGGACGGAGUUCACAUCAAGCAAAGUGAAUGAUCUUCUGCGCGAACGGGGCGUGAAGCAUUUCUACUCCAUGAGCGAUCUCAAGUGUCAGCCAGUUGAAAGACUGAACCAAACACUGAAAAAUGCCAUAUACAGGUGGUGCUACGAGCACAGGUCAUAUUCUUAUGUGCCAGUGCUGGACGAACUGGUCUACGGCUACAACCAUCGCGUCCACUCGGCCUUGUUUGGUCUAAGUCCAAGCCAGGUGGACGAAUCCAACCAGGUGAAACUUUGGAACUUGAUGUACACUAAAAAAGAGGGCAAAAACCGGACUUCCGGUGUUCCCAGAUCAUUUAAGUACAACAUUGGCGACUCGGUUAGGAUAAGUCUUGCAAAGAGGACUUUUGAGCGCUCAUACAGUCAAAAGUUUACAGAUGAAGUGUUUCUUAUCAGGGGCCGGGUUUUAAGGGACAACAUACCGAUUUACUUUUUGAUGGACAUAGAGCAGGAGCCAAUCAGAGGCACGUUUUACGAAACAGACAUUCAACGUGUUCAAAAAAAUUUGCAAGACCCCAGAGACUGGGAGAUCGAUAAAAUUCUCAGGAGGAGAAAAGUAGGAAAAAGACAGGAAGUGCUUGUUCGCUUUCGUGGACUGGGACCUAAGUUCGACCGCUGGAUUCCUAGGUCAGCUACUGGAGCGAAAGGGGUGCAUUAG